AUGGGACUGUUUCACGAAAUUUGCGACACCGCGCAGAAAAAUGGAUUCGUGAUUCCAUCGGCAUCGUCCGUGGUUCGCACUGCAAAGUGUUCGUCUGGUGGUGGUGGUUCUGAUGCUCCAGUUGAAUUCGGAACAACCAAGUUCUAUGCGUUGUGUGCUCUUGGAGGUUCUCUUUCUUGUGGAUUGACUCAUUUUGCAAUCACUCCGUUGGAUAUUGUCAAGUGCCGUAUUCAGGUGAACAAGGAGAAGUACGGAAGUAUGGUGCAAGGGUUCAAGGUGACUGUCGCCGAGGAUGGCAUGCGUGGUCUUGCUCGUGGAUGGGCUCCAACAUUCAUUGGAUACUCCGCUCAAGGACUUGGAAAAUUCGGAUUUUACGAGGUCUUCAAGAAUAUCUACAGUUCUGCUCUUGGAGAAGAGAAUGCGUACAUCUGGAGAACUUCCGUGUAUCUGGCUGCAUCUGCUUCAGCUGAAUUCUUCGCCGACAUCUUCUUGGCACCAAUGGAAGCUGUGAAAGUUCGUAUGCAAACUUCCCCGACGGCUCCCCCCACUCUCCGUGCUUGUGCUCCUAUGAUCUACAGAACCGAGGGGCUUACUGGAUUCUUCAAGGGACUCCCGCCUCUUUGGACUCGCCAGAUUCCAUACACCAUGAUGAAGUUCACUUGUUUCGAGAAGACCGUUGAGUUGCUCUACCAAUAUGUAGUUCCGAAGCCACGUGCUCAAUGCUCGAAGGCUGAGCAAUUGGCAGUCACCUUCACCGCUGGAUACAUUGCCGGAGUUUUCUGUGCAGUCGUCUCCCAUCCACCAGAUGUUCUUGUUUCUAAACUCAAUCAAGAUGCUAAUGCAAGUGUUGGAAGUCUUGUCAAGAAACUCGGAUUCUCCGGUCUUUGGGGAGGACUUGGUCCAAGAAUCAUCAUGGUUGGAACGUUGACUGCUCUUCAGUGGUUCAUCUAUGAUUCAUUCAAGGUUGCCAUGAACCUUCCACGUCCACCACCACCUCAAAUGCCAGAAUCUCUGAAGAAAAAGCUCGGAAUUCCAGGAACAACUGAAGUGGCUCCAGCUUCCGCUGUGGCUCCAGUUCCAGUUGCACCAGUGAAGGCAGGAAAAGAAAAAUCGGCUAAACCAGAAAAGCCAGCCAAGGCCGAGAAGAAGCAGGAGAAGGAAAAGAAAGAGAAAAAGGGAAAGAAAGCUGAGGAAUCUGCCUAA